AUUGACGCGAUCACUUCCGGCUUUUGAGCGGAGUUCCGGUAUCGCGGGCAGAGCGGAGAGAAGCGGAGGUGGCAUGGCGGAGAAGAGCCCUGACCCGAGCGGCUCUGUGGCGCGGAGGUGUCCCGCCCUGUCUGCAGCUGACCGCAUACACUCAGCCACAAGUGCUUCAUCCAAGUGGGUUCGCCUUAACGUCGGCGGCACGUAUUUCCUCACCACCAGGCAGACCCUGUGCCGGGACCCCAAGUCGUUCCUGUACCGCCUGUGCCAGGCCGACCCCGACCUGGACUCCGACAAGGAUGAAACGGGUGCGUACUUGAUCGACCGAGACCCAACGUACUUCGGUCCAGUCCUCAAUUAUCUGAGACACGGAAAGCUGGUGCUCAACCGAGGCCUUGCAGAAGAAGGUGUUCUGGAAGAGGCUGAGUUUUACAACAUCACGUCGUUGAUAAAACUAGUGAAAGACAAAAUCAGGGAGCGGGACUGCAAAACAUCUCAGCUUCCUGUAAAACACGUCUACCGAGUCCUCCAGUGCCAAGAGGAGGAACUCACUCAGAUGGUCUCCACCAUGUCUGACGGCUGGAAGUUUGAACAGUUGGUCAGUAUCGGCUCGUCGUACAACUACGGAAACGAAGACCAGGCGGAGUUCCUCUGCGUCGUGUCCAAGGAGCUGCACAAUCAGUCGUACGGCACAAACAGUGAGCAGAGCGACAAGGCUAAGAUUCUUCAAGAACAAGGCUCUCGCAUGUGACUGUGAAGCGGCUGCGCUCUGACGCGGGUUGGGUCCUACACAACACGACAUGCACAUCAUCAGGAUGAGAGAAAUUGGCAAGACGGAAGAGAGGCUGUUCAUUUUGGAGUUUUUUUUUUAUUAUUUAAAAAAAAAAGUCACUUUCUUUAUAUUCAUAGAAGAAUUAAAGCAGGAAUAUGCAUGUCAGGUUCAAGCUAAACAAAGGGCAGCGUUUAUAUCACGGUCCAGUUUACUCAGGGUCUCAGCUCGACAUUCUGAACAUGAAUCACAACACUUUCCACUCCAGUGCGCAGGUUCUUAUUCAAAGAAAAAAAAAUUUACAAUAAUCAGUGUAAAAUUAUGAAAUUUGUCACGUUUAAAAAUCCGGUGGUCAAAAACCGUACGGUUACCGUGUUAUGCGUUGCAGGUGUUACCAUGGCGACCGAUGUGCUGGUGUUGACCAGUGGUGUUUACCAUACAGGUGAUAUUGUUUUCUUUAACAUGUACACAACCACAGAUUUUUGUAUUUCAGAGUGUUUGUGGAAGUAGUGUUGAUGGAACCUCUCUGACCCGCCUAGCGUUAGUCAGAGGAAGGAGGGAUUAAAAAGCUUUCGUCAUGAUUUAUUUCAAGGUUACAGUAACAGAAAGAAAGAAAAAAAAAAAAAAGAUGUAAAAAUCGAAAGGCGGUGCUGAACUUCGUCUUCCAACGUUGGAUUCAUUCCAAAUGGUUUGCAGUUUGUUUGUUUGUUUGUUUGUUUGUUUUUUUACUUGCUAUUUUUCAGGAGAGCUCUUGGAGUUGAGUCCUUUUUUGUAACUGCAAACUCUUUCGUUUAUUGUGAUUUUUUUUUAUUUUUAUUUAUUUACCUUUUUUUGCCUCUGCUGUUUAAAAACGGCUUUGUUAUUGACACGACAGUGACUGUUAUUAGGUAGAAUUAUCUUUUUUUUUUUUAAUUAACUUUUACUGACAGAGGAACUAGAAGACACUUUGUGUAACUGUGUCUAAAGCAUGAUCACACACGGGGUGUACAGAUACGAAAGAUACAAAAUCAAAUACGGCACUAAAAACGAUUCUGUUGGAGCAUAAAGAUGCUAAUACAUGCAGUUUGCUAAAAUCGAUUGAAAUGCAUUACAUUUGGUGUUGGCUUUUUUGUUUGUUUGUUUUGUGGAGAAGUGGGAUCCAUACACCCCCGACCAGCGCCACGGCGUAGUUUAUCGUAACGAAUCAUAUCUAAAACUGUAGCAGUAUGCAAUCGAGUAGAAGUAAAGCUCAGAGCAACUUUUUUUUAUGAUAAGAUUCUCAAUCGUUUGCUUCGGUCCUAUUUUAUAGUUUUACUAUUCGUAUGAAUAAUUUUCUGAUGACGUUGCCUUUACGUAAUGACCAACAAAAUGUCUGAAUUUCAUUGUGGUCAGGGACACGCAAGCGAACCGCUUCGCCGGGCUGCAAGCAUAUCUGUUUAACACUGUAUAUAGACUAAAGAGUGUCAUUCAGACGUCACUAGUGCACGCUAAUUUUCCCUCCGUCUACCUUUCACACGCAAAGGGCUUUAAAUCGAGGAAUAAAUAUGAGGUAUAUCUCUCGCAGAGGUCCAGACGAUUUCUCUAUACAGCCUGAUCAAGGCUACGUUUACAUGGCUAGUGUUUUCUAAUCAAUCAUUUUUCACGUUUACGUACACGGACCGUGGCACCAUAGCGCAGUUUGGCUGGUUUGAAAUACUUCUAUGUUUACAUAUGGUCAUAUUCUACUUACUAGUUACUGUCCAGCCUGUGUCUUAGCAAUCAGAGAGCCUUUCGGUCCUCACCAGUGGAGCGAUAACUAGCUCACUGCACCAGUGUCUUGUGAAACAUGCCUCGAGGCUGAAGAGUGUCAGCCGUCACUGCGCUGUACUUUCUCCCGAACUGGCAGGGAGGUGUAGCCUUCCACGCAUGUGCACUCAGACGCCUCGCUCCCUCUGCACGUCUGCCUAUUUCCAUUGGUUCCCCCAGUCUCCUCCUCCUCCUUUUUUUUUUUUCCUUUUUUUUUUUUUUUGGAUGUAUAGAGCAAUUUUUUUGCGUGCAAUCUGUAUUUUUUAAAAACGAGCAGAAGCAGACCCAAAAUGGCGUCUGCUCCACUUUGUCACUGCUGUUCCUAUAUUACUAUCCUAUAAAAUGUAUUUUUUUUUGUAUGGAUAUUUUUAUGCUUAAAAGUGUGUAAACACAUUAUUAUAUGUAAUUGCAAGUUAACAACUGGGAAAAAUGUAUAUGAUGGUAAUGCUAGAUCCAGGUUUACCUUAAUAAAACCUUGUUGAAUUGCAAA